AUGUCUCCCCCCGUGAGCCGGUCUCCCCCUGACGUUGCGUCUCGUUUCCUGCGGCCCACGCACGCCCUGGCCCAAGCCCGAGAGGUGUGCGCGCUCAUGACCGGUGAGAUCGUCUACGCCUGGCGUUGCUGUCUUGGCAUCGGGCGCGUGCGAGAAGUGCGAGGGCCAGGCGCCGCCGGCCUCGACCUGGACGCCCUCCGCGAGGAGCUCUGCGUCUGGGGCCUCGGCCUGCGCUCCACGAUGCUCUUCGACAACUCCAUCCCGUUCCAGCUGACCGCGAACAUUGUGCAGUGCCGAUCGGCGGCCCUGCGCGCGGUGCUGCAGGAGGCCUUCGAGAUGCUCCAGGCCUUCCACGCCUCCCUCGGCGAGAGGCGGCACUUCGCCUCGCCCUUCGAGGUGAUCCACCGCUGGGCCCUCGCGACCGCACCCGGGCUGCCGGUGGUGAUGCUCGGGGGGCACCGCCCCAUCGUGGAGUUCGUGGAGAGGCACAAGGAGGACCUCGCCUGCACGACGGUCUCUGGGUGCAGGAAGCGCGCCGACUCCACUUACGGCAAGGCGCUGCCGUUCGGCAGAUACCGCACGCUGCGCGCCACGCUCCGGGGCUGGUGGAUUCAGUUGACGCGGCUGCAGACGUUCAUGCAGCAGCACGCGGGGCAGAUCUGCGCGUCGCUGAACUACGACCCCAACGUGGAGAUGUUCGCCGGGGAGAGGUCUUACUUCAGAUGCUUCAAGGAUGGGAAGCGCGAGCUGGCCCUGUUGAUGCACGGUGCCCUGUCCUCCAGCACGGGUCUGCGCAGGAGGGGUGGCCGCCGAGGUCGGCCUCCGCGCCGCGGCGGGCUUGCUGCCGCCCCUCGCGGUGUGGGGGCGCCGCCGCGCGAGGCCGGCGGCGCGCCUCGUCGCGCUGCUGAGCCUCGGGGCCCACGCCGCGAGCGCGGCGGCGCGCCUGCGCGCGGCGGACGUAGCGGCGUUCGAGGCGUGGCUCGAGAGGUUCUCGCCCUACGCGUGGGUCCGGGCGCUGCACCGUCCGCUCGGCGGCCUCGUCCGCGCGGGCGACCUCCUGCUGCUGGCGGGCCUCGCCGCGGCCCUGCGCGGGCGCGGGAGGGCCUGGGCGACCUGCGAGCUGCUGCGCGCGGCGGCUCUGGCGCUCCAGGCGCUGGGCGCGGCGGC